AGAAAGCUGGCCUAUUCCCACCCGAUGUGAAAAUAGCGGCUCCUUAGUUCGACCAACAAUAGGUAACAUAUUCACUCGCAUAUCAUUGACCACGGCCCACUCUGUCUCAAUAGGACAUUUGUCUUGUUGUGGUAGAUAAGAGAAAACCAAGAUGGCGGACAAGCCAAAAAUGGCAAAUAGUACGGGCAGCAAAGACAAUAUGGCGGAUGGGAACAGCAACAAGAAGCAACAGAAGAGGACAUGUCUGUGCUCCAGAGCGGUGACCGUUGCCCUGGUGGUAUCGGUGGUGCUAAUCUGCGUAGGUGUUGCUCUAGUCGCUGGAUUCCAUUUUGGCUUGAAGAAACCCAAGCCAAAUCCAACGGUUUUCUUUGACAUCACCAUCGGCGGAACUCCGGCCGGCCGAAUCGUGUUCGAACUGCGCGCCGAUGUCGUGCCGAAGACUGCCGAAAACUUCCGAGCUCUCUGCACAGGUGAAAAGGGCCGAGGCACAUGGGGUGAACCAUUACACUACAAGGGGGUGAUAUUCCAUAGGUGUAUACCCGGCUUCAUGGUACAAGGGGGUGACAUUCAGUUCAACAAUGGCUCGGGAGGGGAGAGUAUCUAUGGAGGAGAUUUUCCCGACGAGAACUUUAAGUUGAAUCACACUGGACCAGGGAUCCUGAGUAUGGCGAACGCCGGACCGGACACCAACGGUUCUCAGUUCUUCAUAACGGUCGUCCAGACGCCAUGGUUGGACGGCAAACACGUGGUCUUCGGCAAGGUUAUUCAGGGAUACGACGUUGUGGAGAAGAUAGAAGCAGCCGGAUCUCCCAGCGGAGCGACGACGGCCCGGGUCCUGAUCGCUAACAGUGGACAACUAACUUAAUACUGUAAAUGCAUUUAAGUUUGCAGGGAUUUGAAUGUUAAAAAAUAACUUUUCUCGGUGGUUUUA